UUUUUCCUGUCACUACUGUCACUGAUCGCAGAUAACCUCUAGUAAAAAAACUUCAUGAAUGGGAAAUUGGGAAAAGUAAAAUGAAAAAUUAGUUUUGAUGAAAUAAAGUCAUAUCUCAGGAAAAAUGACUCAAGUUUUAUGCAACGUAUUUCACAGGACGGCAUUCAAACAGUUGGAGGAGAAACUGCGUGGUUUGAUGAUCGCUAGUAAUGACACAGUAAGGAAUAAAGGCAUUUUCCUCAGGCCAAAAUUAAGAAAUCCUACUUGGCUCACAAAGAAACAUAGAUCUUUGGAACCGAAUUUUCUGACUGCUGAUAAUAAGGAAUUUGUAAAAGAAGUAGUUACAGACAAAUAUAGUGUCAUUGAACCAGUAGGUGCUAUAAAUACAAAUAUUGAGUGGAAUAACAAAUUGAAAAGAACUGGUUUGAUUGGAAGAAAAAUAGGUGUCUAUCCACUUUGGUUAAAGAAUGGCAAAAAAAUCAGCACAACAUUGAUUCAGGUUUUAGAUAAUCAUGUUGUGAAAUAUAUUCCACCCGAGGAGCACAAUCCACCUAGGCAAAGAGUAGAGAAAAUUUAUAAUAAGAAAGGAUGCUUAUUGCUUGGAGCAGAGGCUGCAGAUCCUUCGAUAUUCACCAAAGAAUAUUGUGGUAUUUUUAAAAAUAGUGGAGUUAUACCAAAACGAAUAUUAGCUCGUUUUUUGGUCAGUCCAGAAGGUGUGUUACCUGCUGGAACCCUAUUGAAUGCAUUACAUUUUCCUGUUGGUCAUUAUGUAGAUGUUAGGGGUAAAACUAUUGAUCGAGGCUUCCAAGGUGUGAUGAAACGCCAUGGGUUCAAAGGCAUGCCUGCUUCACAUGGUGUAACAAAAACCCACCGAAGAGGUGGUAAUAUUGGUGGUGGAGGAGCGAAGGGACGGGUAUGGCCAGGUACUAAAAUGCCUGGUCAUAUGGGAAACAGAUACCGUGUGGCAAAGGGUUUAAAAGUUUGGAGAAUUAAUACUAAGUACAAUGUUUUGUGGGUAUCAGGACAAGCAAUUCCUGGAGGAACCAAUGAUGUAGUUUAUAUCUAUGACAGUAUUUUACCAACCAGAAGGCCUAGCAGCCCCAUACCUUUUCCAACUUACCUAUUGAAUGAUGAAGUCCCUGAAGAUAUUUAUGAUAAGGAUGUACAUUUAUUUGAUGAACCUAGUAUAAUGUUUGAAGAAUCUAAAUAAAAAAUUCAUUAUAUCUUUAAUGAAUUAUGAACUUUGGAUAAUUUAAACUCUAACCAUUU